AUGUCUACUUUGUUCAUGGCUGUCGCUCUGCGCUACGCGGGCACAUCCGUCGAGCCAAUGGGCAAUGUCGCGGUUUAUGUCAUGACAUUCCCCGGCCAGAAAGAAUGUGGAAGCCACGCGCUUGCUAGACAGAUGUUUUACUCCUCUGUCCCGUCAAGACCUCGGAAUAACAUGAGAUUUACACGGCAUGUCGCGUGA